AUGGCGGUAUCCCAGAUCUCUACCGAUGAGUCCGUCGUCGUAUUGGCGUCGACAAGGACGGUCAUCACCCUUGCUGAUGACACACUUCUAUUAACCCCCGCGACUCUCACGAUCUCUGCUACCUCGGGCAAGAUUCUGUCUGUCGUCACCGAGGUGCUUCCCAAGGAUGCAUUCCCAGCGGCCAUCGUGUACCACGACUACAGCCCGAAGCUUUUGCUCCCGGGUCUCGUUGAUGCCCACGUGCACCUAAACGAACCGGGCCGCACAGAAUGGGAAGGCUUCAACACCGGGACCAGGGCUGCUGCCUCGGGAGGUGUCACCACUGUGGUGGACAUGCCUCUGAAUGCCAUCCCUCCCACAACCACCCUAGCAGGCUUCAAGGAGAAGCUCACUGCCAGCCAAGGGCAAUGCUGGGUCGAUGUCGGCUUUUACGGCGGCGUCGUUCCCGGCAACGCAGAUGAGCUUCUGCCUCUAGUUGAGGCUGGUGUUCGGGGUUUCAAGGGUUUCCUCAUCGACUCAGGUGUGGAGGAAUUUCCUGCCGUGUCAGCUAAAGACAUUGCGCUUGCAAUGACCACGCUCAAGAACUCGCCCACCACUCUCAUGUUCCAUGCCGAAAUGGUUCCACCCAUUGCAACAUCGGUAGGCGACGCCGUUCAGCAGUCCGACCCGCCGCUCCAGCCGACCGGAGACCUAGAGAGUUACAGCACUUUCCUCGACUCGCGCCCGCCCGUAUUCGAGACCUGUGCCGUCGAAGAGAUCCUGUCCAUGGCGCACCUUGCACCGCAGCUGCACCUCCACAUCGUGCACCUAUCCGCCACUGAGUGCGUGCCCAUUCUGCGCAAGGCGCGCCAGAGCGGCAUCAACAUCACGGCCGAGACCUGCUUCCACUACCUCGGCCUCGCGUCCGACGACAUCCCAGAUGGCGACACCCGCCACAAGUGCUGCCCACCAAUCCGGUCCCAAACCAACCAGGAUAAGUUGUGGGACGAACUGGCUGACCCCGACAGCUGCAUCAAGACCAUUGUCUCCGAUCACUCGCCGUGCACGCCCGAGCUCAAGCUGCUGCCGCCGCAUCUCCAAACCGUUACGGCGGCAGCAACCGAAUUCCCGUCUCGCCCGCCCUUCCCACACGUCGACUCGGGUAUCGAUAUCACCCGGCCGACCCCGGCAGCGGUAACAAAGGAGGAGCAAUUGCAUCAGCUCCCCGGCCAGCAGCAGGACGAGGAAGAUCCAGUCGACCUGAUUCCACAAUCCAUGACCCCACCUCUUGUCAGCCAGGAAGUCCCACACUCACACCCGCACCACGGUGCAGUAACCCCCAUGAAGAAUCAAGGCGACUUCUUCGCCGCCUGGGGUGGCAUCUCCUCCGUCGGCCUUGGACUUCCCAUCCUGCACACUACCGCAGCCGCCCGUGCCGCUCGCGGCGACACUGCACCCACCAUUGUCGACAUGGUGCGCAUGUGCAGUCAGGCCACCGCGGCCCAGGUCGGCCUCGGACACCGCAAGGGCGGACUGCGGGCCGGUAUGGAUGCCGACGUGUGCGUAUUUGACGACACGGACGUCUGGACUCUUCGCGCAGCCGAAAUGCGCUGGAAGAACCGGGUGUCGCCGUGGGAUGGGCAUACCUUCACGGGUCGCGUGCGGGAAACGUGGGUGAGAGGCCAGCGAGUAUUUGCGCUGGGCGGAGAGAAUGCUGGAUUUGUUGGGGGUGAACCGGUCGGGGAGCCGAUUGUAGAGAGGAGAGUCUGA